AACGUAAAAAGUGAAGAAAGGUCGAGAAAAUUUUUUGACACUUGUAUAGCUUAAUAAUCCGAUAAACUAUGGACGCAAAACGUGAGAGAAAGUCGUCUCUGGCUCCACUUUCGCCAUGUCCCAUUCCCGAUAUUACCGAUGACGAUUUGGUUAGUAUUUCGGUGCGAGACCUCAACCGGACGCUCAAGAUGCGCGGCCUGAACCGCGAGGAGAUCGUGCGGAUGAAGCAACGGCGGCGCACGCUUAAGAAUCGCGGAUACGCCGCCAGCUGCCGUAUCAAGAGGAUUGAACAGAAAGACGAGCUGGAGACCAAGAAGUCGUACGAAUGGACCGAGCUGGAGCAGAUGCAUGAGGACAACGAGCAAACUAGGCGUGAGGUGACCAACUGGAAGAACAAGUACAAGGCACUGCUGCAAUUUGCUGUCCAGAACGAUAUUCCUAUUCCUAGCGAGCUGGAGGGUUGCUGAUUAAAUUUGAUUCGAUUCGACGAAGGCGAUCACAUUCCUGUUCCAGUCAAAAUUCUAAUAAAACUAAAUAAAAACACCUGUAACUAAA